UAAAAUUAUUGUAUUUGAAAUAGUUAUAUAAAUAUUUAAGUAUAUGAUUAACAUUAAAAAUAUAUACCACUUAUGUUCUAAAACAAUAAUAUAUGUAUAGAAAAGUGAAAACAAACACCCGUACGGUUGCACGGGUCAAAAUCUAGUUAUACUUUAUAGUAUCUCUAAAGCAGCCGGCGUCUUUCUUUGGCCGACAUAUAGGAUUUCCUAUUACUUCUCCUUGGUUUUAUCUUUUGAGACCUGCUGGUUCUCUGUUUUUUAUUCUUUUUUUUUUCGAAAAUGGGCAUAGCUGGUUCUCUGUUUUGCUCUGUUUUUGUUUCAUGAAACUCUGUUUUUUGAGUAAUAGCUCUGUCUUUUCUAAUAGAAUGUUACUAAUAAGAGUUAAAAAAAAAGAAAAAAAGAAGCAGCCGGCUGUUAUGGUAAACCAUAAAUAAUAGGAAACUAUCACUGAAAUAUAGAAACUUUAUUUAUCCAAGUUUCCGAUUAUUUAUGUUUUCCAAUUUCUUUUUUUUUAUCGUCAUCUAUAUGUACAUACAUAUGUAUUUUACGGUUAUAAAACAUUGUUCGCGUCUUACCUCUCUUUUGACAAACCAGGUUCCACGACAAUGGCACUGAAGCUACCAUAUGAUUUGAAAGAGGAAAUUCUCGCCAGAGUUCCAUGGAAAUAUCUUGCAACGUUGAGAUGUGUAUGUAAGCUUUGGAAUAGUCUUAUAUUGGAAGAGAGACUCAACAAGAAGAACUUGUCGUUUCACAUGCACAGCUAUAGUGGUGAGCAUCGGUUUAUACUCAAAGACACUGGUCCUACGAUUUCUGCCGUGGGCAUUGAGGAGCAGAAAAACGUGGUCGAUCCUCCGUCCUUGAUCGUCCAAGACUUUACCCUUAUAAAAGCUCGAACAUGUAAUCCUGUUAGGGUGUACAAGACUGUUCAUUGCGACGGUUUGUUGUUGUGUGUCAUGGACAACCAGCUUGUGGUUAGGAACCCGUUACUGAAGGAAACAACCUGGAUCAAAUGCGGUAGUGACUUUCACCAACGAGAUGAUGCUUACAGCCUUGGAUACCUCAGCCACUGUGAUUACAGGAUCUUAAGGUUUCGUUGUGCUAGUAAUUCCAGAAAUAGACCUUCAAGGGUCGAGGUCUGUGAAGUUGCAUCCAAGACAUGGAAGGUUAUAGAUAACAUCAGUUUUGAUUGGUUCCUUAGCGUGCCGUUGUCGAUCCUCUCUCUGAGAGGAACUCCUUAUUGUAUAGGUCUUCGAGAAGACCAUACAGCUUUUGUACAAAGCUAUGAUUUUUACAAAGAAAGGUUUCAGCCCAUAGAUGACUUGCCAUUCAGCUAUGAUGAGUUGAAUCCUAUUGCACUAGAGAUUUAUAAAGGAGAUAGGCUUUCGGUGUUGGAGCAAUGUCACAAAACAAGGAAGAUAUGCAUAUGGGUGAAGCAUUGGCUCAUGCUUACUUCUUGGACCAAAUUGGUGGUCGUGGACAUACCAGAGUUUCCGCUUAUAUAUCCACGUCUUACCCUCCUUUCUACAAAUUAUUAUUUCGACAAAAACAAUAGGCUUGUUAUAACUUGUAAUGAUACUGACAUGAAGGGUCUAUCUAUUAUCAGAGUCAUCAACGACAGGGAGUUCCAAGUAAUUAAAGCAGAUGAAGGGGAAUGUGGUUUUCCUUUUGUAUGCAGCUACGUUCCUAGCUUUGUUAGGCUUCCAGGGUUUUCGAAGCAAGACACAAGUCGGAUUCGCUGGAGAAAACGUAGAUUCAACUAGUUUACCGUAUAUACGUAUUUUUCCCUUUCAUGUGAUUUGUUUCUUUCUCUUUGAUUUGGACUAUUAAACCAUGCAUCCAUCUUUGUUAUUUGGAAAGUGACGAAAAAAAAAAGUGUUAAAUCAAUAUUUAUACGUAAAAUACGUGAUUUUGUUAACCUUACUUUCUUUUAGUUACUUUUUGAGAUUUAUGAUAUACUAGGAUAAGAUAUGCGCGUUGCGCGUAGUGAAUUUAUAUGAAAAUUAUUUAAAAAUUAUCGUAUGGAAAAAUAAAGUUUAUAUUCUUUGAUCAAAUUAAUAUUUUUGAUCCAUAAGUAAGUUUUUCAAAACUUUUUGUUAAUUACAUAAUUUAUUUACUGAACUACUAUUAAAAAAAAUACGUUGAACAAUAGAAGAUGCUAAAAGUUCUGAGAAGAAUUCAUUGUCUUUGCAGUGAAUAACAGAUAUGGCUAAUCGAAGAGACGUAUGAGGAUGACAAUGAAAUCCCAGAACGCAGAGUUUAGUCACCUUGAUAACCAGACGAACUAAAAAGAUGAAACCAAGACGGACAACAUAAAUCAAAACAGGAAAAAAAAUCAAACAAAACCGAAUGUAGACCCCACAAUUAAUAAACAUACCCACGUGGAUAGGUUUAGAAGAGAGCAAAAACUCUCCUAUUAUAAUAUAGAGAUUUAUGAUAUACUAGGAUAAGACAUGCGCGUUGCGCGUAGUGAAUUUAUAUGAAAAUUAUUUAAAAAUUAUCGUAUGGAAAAAUAAAGUUUAUAUUCUUUGAUCGAAUUAAUAUUUUUGAUCCUUAAGCAAGUUUUUCAAAACUUUUUGUUAAUUACAUAAUUUAUUUACUGAACUACUGAUUAAGAGAAAUACGUUGAACAAUAGAAGAUGCUAAAAGUUCUGAGAAGAAUUCAUUGUCUUUGCAGUGAAUAACAGAUAUGGCUACUCGAAGAGACGCAUGAGGAUGACAAUGGAAUCCCAAAACGCAGAGUUUAGUCACCUUGAUAACCAGACGAACUAAAAAGAUUAAACCAAAACAGACAACAUAAAUCAAAACAGGAAAAAUAAAAUCAAACAAAACCGAAUGUAGACCCCACAAUUAAUAAAAAUGCCCACGUGGAUAGGUUUAGAAGAGAGCAAAAACUCUCCUAUUAUAAUAUAGAUUUCUCUUAAUCACCCCAGUAAACGUUAUUUUCAUUUAAUCCAAAAACACCCUUUCGACUUCUCUGUUUUCCUCACGUCAGACCUAUAUAUUGGAAAUGAUUGAGAGUUGGAUGAACCUUCGCAACCACUCUCUGUUAAUCUCAUUUAUCAAGCGUAGCAAGUUUCUUUGGUUAUCUAAGUAGAAUUAUACUUUAAUGAAUCGCCUUUGGUAGAUUUAAGCUUUGAUUCAAACGGUUCUGAGAAUCUGAGAGAGGUUUUCGAAAUAUUAAAGGCAGGGGAGGUUUUUGAGUCUCUGGCGAUCCCUUUGAUGAAACUGGUAUGGUUGAAAACUUCGGAGAUGGAGAGCGAAGGGAGACUUUCCACUUUCAUCUUCAAUACUUAAAGACAUCACCAUAUGGAUACUGCCCAAAACGGCGCCAGGUCUGGUUAUCUGAACAAUCAGAUCCGCCUUUCAAAGAUUAAAACCUGUCCCAUGAUUGAUUGAUUCUUUGAUCUUUAUAUGUUUCUACCAUACCAACAAGAUGGCUAUCUCUCCAUCAAAACCUCAGACAAGCUCACGGAGUUUCACCAGAGCUUUGGCAUUAGCCUUUAACGAGUGGCUACUCAUCCCCAUGCUCUUCGUCAACUCCAUCUUCUCCCACGUGAUCACAAGAUUCGCAGAUCACUCCGAGCUCCAAUCUCCAUGUCUGAUGUGCUCUCAACAACAAAUCACCUAGGAAUAGGUUUACUUUCACUUUGGGUGAGAGUCUUGUGUAUGAUAAAAAAGACGCUAGAGAGCUGUUUGUUUAGGAUCUCCGUUUGUUAUUGUUCUACUUCUACUAUCGGCGUACUUGUCUAAUAUGUAUUUGAUGAUUAUCUAAACCCAUUUCUGAGUACACUACCUUUUGGAUCAUCUGAUAUGAUAACUUGAUUAUCUCAUUGAGUGCUUCAUCCCAAGCUUCUAAACAUAGAGAAGCCUGUAAUAACCCACAAGAAAAGCAUUAAGCUAAGGUUAUAAAUGGAAGUAGAUUUUACUUUGUAGAGCAUUACCACACCAUUCUACGACCAAACUUCUGAGACAGUUCUCCCAUUACAUUUCUUCAAGAGAAGACAACUCCUCCAAACCCGUGGACUACACCAGCACUCUCAUUUCUCUUAAGAUCAUCACCAAGAUUUAUAUGAUUCAUAUCAUCCUUAUUGAACUAGCUAAUGUGUGUACCUGGAUGACGCUAACAGAGGUUCAUAUGACAAGGAUCUAUGUGGCUGAAAAAAAAAAAAAAAAAAAAGGAUCUAUGUGGCUGAAUGGUGUAGCUUUGAUGCAACUAUUUUACACAUGAAAAAAAAACAUGAGAAUGAGUUUAUUUCCAAGCUCAAGAGAGAAGCUAUUAGGUUAAAGAAACAACAUAGCAAAUAUUUUACAGCUUCUUGGUCAAUUUUGUGGUACAUGAGCUUCUUUCUUGGUCCACAAGUCUUUCGAUAAGCUGCCACAACAUGAGCUACACCGAAAACCGUGUUACCGUUUUAUUCUUUCUUUAUAGACAAAAUAAGUUCAGAUAUUAUUUUAAACUAUAUACAUAUUUCAUAAAAUUUGGAAAAAAUGACCAUUGUUGCAAAACAAACAAAUAUCAAAUAAAAACUACCAAAUAUACCACUCUACUUUAAUAACGAAAAUGGUUCACAAAACCAAAACAACAACCUCAAACACAUACGAAUCUUGUGAAAUCAAAAACUAUACAAAAACACAACAGCAUUUCAACACAUUUAUAUAAAGGAAAAAAA